AUGUCUUCUGGAUUCCCCAACAAGUACUACAAAGUCGGGGUCCUCCUGUUUCCCGGCGCAGACAUCCUCGACUUUGCAGGCCCAAUCGAAGUCUUAUCCCAUGUCUCGCACAAUCGAAACCCAGAAAGCCCUGACAGAAUGUUCGAAAUCAAAACUGUCGCUUGUAGCCCCGCGAUUCGUGCUGCGAAUUCGCUUACAGUUCACGCAGACCUGCUUUUGCCUGAUGCGGUCGAUGAGAUCUCGGAAUUUCAUAUCCUAGUCAUCCCCGGUGGUCCCCCGUCAGUUGUGCAGCCAUUAAUUGAAAACAACACACCGGAGCUUGAUUUGAUUCGCAAAUUUGCAGCUCUACCUGCAGAUAGGUCACUAGGCACCCGGGUUUUGCUGUCGGUCUGUACCGGCGCCUUUCUGCUCGGGGCCGCUGGUGUACUCGGUGCCAUGACUGUGGCCACCCACCAUCAUGCGCUUGACAGACUUCGAGAUAUUUGUGCUCGUUCUCAUGCCCCAGACGAGCCUGCGACAACUGUACUGCACCAGCGAUAUCUUGAUGGUGGUCUGUUGAAGGGACGCGGCGUUCGACUCCUCACGGCCGGAGGGGUAAGCUCGGGUUUAGACGCCACAUUUUACCUUGUUAGUCAAUUGGCAACACCUGACAUGGCGGCAUUUAUCGCUCGGGUUAUGGAGUAUGAUUGGCGUGAGCUCACAGAGUGA